CGACUUCUCCCUCUUAGGCGACGACAGCCACCACCACCACCACCACCACCACCACCCCCACCAGCCGCCUCCUCCGCCGCCGCAUCCCCACCCUCACCACCACCACCACCUCCUCAUCCCCCGUCCUACGCGCCCCAGCAGCGGUACGCGCCCCCUCCCCCUCCCGCUCCUCCGAAAUCCACCCCGAUCCACGCGCCGCCGCCGCAGCAGCCGCCGCAGCCGCCGCCGAGCCCCAAGGCGACCGGCGCCGAGGUCCGCGAGGAGGGCGGCGACGACGACUACGGCGACGCGGCCUUCCACGACGUGAACCCGUUCUCCGCCGACGAGGGCUCGAACCCGUUCAACGCCGCCGGAUCGGAUCCGAGCAAGUCCCGCGCCGAUGGGCGAUCCGACAAGAGGAAGAGCCAGGACGAGCUCAGCGACGGGGGCACGCCGUAUAACUACAAGAAGACGAAGGCUUCGGCUUCCUCCGCUUCCGCGUAUAGGAAGGAUCGGGAGGAGUGGAGCGACGCCGCGAUCGCGUGCCUCCUGGAGGCGUACACGGAGAAGUUCACGCAGCUGAAUCGGGGGAAUCUGAGAGGGAGGGACUGGGAGGAGGUGGCGACGACCGUGAGCGAGCGAUGCGAUAAGCAGACGAAGAGCGUGGAGCAGUGCAAGAACAAGGUGGACAAUUUGAAGAAAAGGUACAAGCUGGAGAGGCAUAGGAUGACCAAUGGAGGCAUAUCGGUGAGCCACUGGCCGUGGUUUAAGAAAUUGGAGGAGAUCGUUGGUAAUUCGUUGCCUGUGAAAUCUCCGAGCGAGGACGACAAGGGAGGUGCUGCUUCUGCUACCUCUGUUAAGCAGUCCAAAAGACAUGCAGUAGUAACAACCUGCCAGGGAAACCCGGUGAAUAACAUCAAAUCCAAAUCAUUAUCUAACCCCAGAUGGCGGAGAGUUGUAUUCAAGAUUAGUGGUGCUGCACUUGCUGGUACUGGACAAAACAAUAUCGAUCCAAAGGUGGCAAUGUUAAUCGCAAGAGAAGUCAUGAUGGCAUGUCGUCUUGGUGUACAGGUGGCAAUUGUUGUUGGAGGUCGCAAUUUCUUUUGUGGCGACACAUGGGUCACUGCUACAGGCUUAGAUAGAUGUACAGCAUACCAGAUUGGUAUGAUGGCAACUGUGAUGAACUCUGUACUUCUCCAGUCAGCACUAGAGAAGAUGGGUGUUCAGACGCGUGUGCAAUCUGCAUUUCCAAUGCAAGAGGUUGCUGAACCAUACAGCAGGCAGCGAGCAAUUCGUCAUUUAGAGAAAGGCCGAGUUGUAAUAUUUGGCGGUAUUGGAGCUGGCACUGGGAAUCCUCUCUUUUCUACAGACACUGCUGCGGCUCUUCGAGCUUCCGAGAUCCAUGCUGAAGCUCUCCUUAAAGGUACUAACGUGGAUGGUGUUUAUGAUUGCAACUCCCAAGACAACAAUGUUACUUUCGACCAUAUCACCUAUAGGGAUAUGGGUGCACGUGGAGCCACAUCCAUAGACAUGAUGGCAUUGACAUUCUGUGAAGAUAACGGGAUUCCUGUUGUGGUGUUUAAUCUUCUUGAGGCUGGGAACAUUUCAAGAGCCUUAUGUGGUGAUCAAGUUGGUACCCUGAUUGACCAGGCUGGCAGGAUAAGCUAAUAGAAUAACUAUAUGCGGGUUCGAAGCAUUAUUAGGUCUUCUAUCCCGAAAUUUACUUAGAACUUGUUCCUAAGUUAAUCUUUCAUAGAACUGUCGGCACUUAAGUUCUGCUGCUAAGUGAUCGACCAACCAGUUCUCUCCUCUAAUUGAAGCGAGAAAGUGGAGAAGGAAGUCCAUAUCAGUUCCGCGUGGAUGCUGGACACCAACCAUGUAGAGUGACUUUCAUCCUCUUGAAACUGCAUCACUACAUAGCAAGGUCUGGCUAAUUGUGUCAUUGAUCUGCAUCACCAUAAGGUGCCGUCUUUUACUGUAAACUAGUGUAUGUAAUUUUACUAACCGAAGGCAUUAGUAGGAAGGUGUUGUGGUCAGGACAGUUGAUGAAGUGGAGAGUGUGCUUAUAGUUUAAGGUAGGAAAAUUACUUAGAGAGUGAUUGUAAUGACAUCUUGAGAUCAAUGACAGAUAUAUGCACAUUUUCCCUAUAAUGUGACUCAGAUGCUUUUAUUCA